GCCUCAAGCCUUCUUCGGAAGGGUUGUGCGUGGAAUAUUCAUAAUGGAAAAGGCGCUAAGUUCUGGCCUGAUGUUUGGCUUUUGCAGGUACCUUUGGCCGAGGUGGCUCUUCAACCGGUGACGGAGGAGAUGCUGGAUGAUCAUGUGGCGGAUUAUAUUGACGAGGACGGAAGAUGGGACAUCAAUCGUUUGGAAGAUUGGCUUCCUGCCGAGGUGCUGCAAAAGAUCACGGUGAACCUGGUGGAUCCCCUGUCCCUGGAAGAGGACACUAUCCUUUGGACCGCUUCCUCGAAUGGCCAUUCCUCGAAUGGCCUACAGUCUGGCCUUGCCUCCGAGGAAUGAUCUGAAUGAGAAGAUGUGGAGAGGCAUUUGGAAGCUCCCAGUUGCAGAGAGAGUCAGGUGUUUUGUGUGGCUGGUGGCUUUAGGGCGCAUUGCGACUAAUGUUCUCCGCUACUCCCGUAAGUGUGCGGAGUCCCCCAUGUGCCAUAGAUGCGGGAACUAUGAAGAGACCAUUCUGCACUUGCUGCGAGACUGCUACCCUGCUCGCUUCUUUUGGCUGAGAUGGAUUCCGCAGGAGGAGCAUCAGAGUUUUUUCAGCAGCAGCCGAGAAGAUUGGUUCAGGGACAAUAUUCUCAAGGAGGACGUGACAGAUUCUGGCAUGAAUUGGAACAGCUUCUUUAGUAUUGCUGUGUGGCUUAUUUGGAAGAACAGGUGUACAGGUUGUUUCCAGGGGCUGCACAAGGCGAUGUCAGCACCCUCCCUUGCUUUCUCCAUCCAUCAAAGGGCUCUUUUGUGGCAUAAAGCUUGGCAGGCUCCAACGGUGAACUUCGGCCGCCAUGGAUCCAAGCCGGAAAGGGUGGAGAAGCAAAUUCAGUGGAGUUUUCCUCGAAAUGGGUGGGUCAAGCUUAACGUGGAUGGGGCGUCGGUGGGCAACCCUGGGCUUGCCGGAGCUGGGGGCAUUAUUCGUGAUGAGCAUGGUAAGUGGGUCCGGGGUUUUGUUGCUAAAGUGAGUGAAGCCUCGGCAACUCUUGCUGAGCUCUGGGCUGUCUACUAUGGCCUCCAACUCGCCAGGAAAGCCGGGUGUGCUUGUGUUCUUAUUGAGUCGGACUCUCAGAUGGCUAUCGCUUUGAUUAAGAGUCGCCAUGACCCCGUUCAUCCCUACGCCGCUCUGUUGGCAUCGAUUCGGAGGAGUUUGGCGCAGGAUUGGUUGGUCAGCAUCAAUUUAAUUAUUGAUUUGAGAUGGGAUGGGAUUAGGUGCUAACCCUUAUAGGGGUUAGCACCGUGAUAACUAGCAAAAAACACUACGGAUUAUUAUAAAAUCAAUACAACAUCUAAGCUAAAUCACUACUAAUUCAAACUAGUAGUAGUUUUUCCCUUGGUUAGGACGGUCCUAACUAUUGUACAAUUAGCACCGUAGCCGUUCCCAUUUGAGAUGAUAUGUACGAAAUUCUUGUUCACCAUUUGUUAUUUGCUAAACUAUAUUGACUUUAGAACUUUGAUUAAAAAAAUGCAAAAUUCAAGAAGAUCCUUUCCAUGAAUCUUCAUUAUCACUCAUGAAUAUUUUUUUGGUUUGUGCGAGGCAAAAAUGAUAGAUAAUAACUUAUUGUUUUUCUAAAAUGGUCUGUUAAAGGUCUAGGUCAAUAAGUUAACUCAAUAAUUAAUUAGUUAGCUAUUGAACAAUGAUGAUUGUCCAAGACUGUACAAAAAUCUAAAAGGGUCCCAUUAGAAAUUCGCUCCACCUAACCUAACCCUAAAAGCACAAUGAUAUUCCUAUAGUUCUAAAGAACUGUCACAUUGAAGGUUGAUAAUGUAUUCAUAUAUCAUUAUGUUUUAGAUUCAUCAAAUGAAAUGAUGCUCUCAAGUUUCCCCCACUAAGCACCAUAAUAGUUACUUCCUACUAUAAAUUAUUGAAGAAGAUAGUUAUAUUUUCAUUUUUCCACUCUAAUAACAUCCACAAUUAAACAAAAUGCGAAAGUGAUACUAGUUUGAUUUUUAAUGUUUGAGCCCGGGCGACUGGGCGUCACUCGGGUCCAAGGGGUUUGGGGCGUCAGCCAUGACCUUGAAGGGGUAGGCGCCCCGCCUCGUCCGAAGCAAGAAAAGAGAAGGAGUGUAUAGAGAGAGAAAGUAGAGAGAAGUAGUAGUAAGAGUAGAUAGAUUGUCAUUUAUGAGGAGAGAACUCCUAUUUAUACACAUUUGAGGGUUAGGUAGUGGUCUGGGCGCCUGCCAAGCCAUAAAUGCUCUGGUCGGGCGCCUCAGACCUUCUGACACUGUUCAUAGUCCUUUUUGGCAGAGGGUGUCCCCCUGUCCCUUGUCCUUGCUGAUGUCAGGUGCCUGGCCUUGUCUCUUGUCUCCCAGCCUUGUCUUUUUCCUCUUGUCUUCUUUUCUUCUCCAUGCCAUUAGCCAUGGUAUUAAUUCCUUAAUUACUAUGAUACCCUAUCAAUUGCCCCUUUGACGUCGGUAUGAGUAUCAUGGCGGCGUCAACAUAAAGUGAGUUUCACUAACCUUGCUUUCUCGUCUUCACAAUCAAGUGCCAGCACUCUUUCUUUAGUUAAUCGGCACCAGGCUCUUCCUUUCAAGUGGGUGCUUCAUUCCCUUAUUGAUCUUCUGAUCUGUUGAGCGCUUAUGCACCCGUGUGGGUGUGCUUGCUUCCAAAUAAGGUGUAGUAAAAUGAGGAAGAAUAAACACAUGUCUCAAGUAACGGAGACUAUCAAAAGAAGCAAUCAUGCCCCUUUUAUCAAGCGCCUGACGCUUGCAUUCUUCCGUUCUUCAUCAAUUAUUUCCUAAGUGACUACUCUUUCAUCUUAGAGGAUGUGCCUACGCUCGUGUUAGAGUAUUCAAUCUAUCUUGACAAUCAAAUGAAGUUGAAACAAACUU